UAACUAUUUAUAGAGAAUAUUAAAGCACGUUUAUGAGAGACGAGUGUCAUUUUCUCUUUAUGUUCACCGCUGCAAAAACUGUAUAAUAAAUAUUUUUGAUAUUAAGAUUAAUUUUCUAGUUUAGCUCUCGUUCUGUUGGGUGCAAACCUACAGUCUCAAACUUUAUUAUUGUACAUACUUUGUCCUGAUGUUCCAAUAGGCCUCACAACCAAAUAAGGGAACAUUCGAUCCAUUACCUAAUAUGGAAAUAAAGACAAUUGCUUUAGAGAGCUGCACAAUCUUCUGAUUCCUCAGGGUCAUAACUAGUCUGUUUAACUUCAAAGGAUUAAAUGGCUCUUUUUUACAGCUAAUAUUUUUUACAUUUUUAAGUUCGGAAAUCACUUACAGUACAGUUAGGCUAUAUAGAAUAAAGAACAGGUUUAAAGGUAUAUACUGUAACACUGUAACAUACUAUACAGUGACUCCAGUUUGAACUACAGCCCAUCUUCUCUUGAUAGCCAUACUGUGGUCUCACAGGAUUUGACCUACUGCAAUACCUCUGCUUCAAUACAGCCACAAAGCCAGCAGACUGCCUGCUCAUCCACUGAUGCUGUGGAACCCAUCUGCCCCAAAAGAAACUCUAAAAAGGACGGCUGCUAUCCAGUUCACCUGGUCUCACAUAACAGUCACACUGAGGCAGCGCUCACUCCACAGGGGGUAGACGGCAGUUACAAAGGUGGCCUGGAAGAUGUAAACUCAUGGGUCAUCAGACAGCCCUGCACCGGGCAGCUGUUGUGGGAAACCGUGACGCCAUCUCUGCCCUCAUCCAUGGAGGCUGUGCACUUGAUCUACAAGACAAGGAAGGAAACACUGCUUUGCAUGAGGUAUCAUGGCAUGGCUUCAGUUCAUGUGUAAAGCUAUUGGUCAAAGCUGGAGCCAACGUCCAAGUGAAGAACAAAGCAGGAAACACACCUCUACAUCUAGCAUGUCAGAACGGACAUUCCCAGACCGCUCGAAUUCUAUUACAAGGUGGAGCAUUGCCUGCCAGCAAAAACAAUGCAGGUGACACUUGUUUACACAUUGCUGCACGCUACAAUCACUUGGCCAUGAUUAAGAUCCUCUUGGGCUCUUUCUGCUCUGUGACUGAGAAAAACCAGAUAGGAGACACUGCACUCCAUGUCGCUGCUGCCCUAAAUCACAAGAAAACUGUCAAUCUGUUACUGGAAGCUGGAGCUGACGCAAACAUCAGAAACAACACAGGCCACACCGCUCUUGAUAAAGCCCAAGACAACAACAACCGAGAUUUGGCUAUUCUUCUAGCAAAAUCUAAUCAGUUGCAGAGGUUUGCUCGUGGAAAGACAGUGAGAAAAAGAAGAGAUGUCUUGGGGGCCCAGAGGAGAACUCAGUCCCUCCCCAGAGUUCAUUCCUCCCGACAGAAGGACUGUACUGAAGUGGCAGAAGACACAAACAACUGUGAUCAAGUACAUCACAGGAUACAACCUGAACGGAACACGGCAACUUUGAACCCAGGCACAAGGAGAAAGAUCAGGAGCCCAAGAAUAAAGUUGGAACAUGUGUUCCGGAGAGAAUAUCACCUACAUGAGAGAGGAUCUCCAUCCCAGAGAGUAAUACACAGCAGCUCCAGCUCUCAGGAGGAAGAGGAAACUCCUGGAAAAGCCUAUCAGCUUUAUACACUGUACAGGGAUAAAGAUGGACAGAUAAAGCAGGCUCCUGCGAAUGACUGUCAUUGUAAGCCCCUCAUUAAAACUCUGGAGAAUAAGCUGAAAGCCACAAAGAUGGAGAUGAGGUCAGAAAUGCACACUGUCCAAGAGGAGAUGAACUGCAGGCUAGGCAGAAUAGAGCAAAAAAACAAGCAUCAGAUUAAAGUUCUUGAGAAACUUAUGCAGGAGCGUGUGUCGGCUGAGACAAUGGAGUGUCAUUAUCAAAUCAAUCAAAGAGCCACCCUGGAACGCAUGGAGGAUGAGAGAAAACAGGUAGCUGCUACCAAUGCUGUGAAAAACUGGUGCAUGUCUAAGAUUCAGGAUCUUGAAGUGCGAAUGCCUGCAGAGACACAGUUCUACAAACCUCUGCGCUCUCCAUCGGUGGAUCACUCUCUGGUGGACUCAGACCCCGAGGGUCUCCCACUGCUGUCGCUCAUCUCUGAGGAGAGCUCCAGCUCACUGGCCACCUAUGUCAAUGUGUUACCCAGCCCAGGAGCAGAUGAUUAUCAUAACCUGUCAGCUCCUUCAAUGGUCAAACACAAACCUCUAUCAUGGAAGCUGGUGGCUGCUGACCCCAAGUGGCACAGAGCAGAAGUGCAGGAGGUUGAUGCCUCAAAGUCCAGGUCAGACAAAAGGGAUGAACUGUGUGAGAGCACUGCCAGCAGCAGCCUGUCCACAUCCAGCAAGCGUUACAAUGACAGUGACACAGAACCAGUGCCCAGCCUGGCCUGGAAACACAGCAGGCACCUGAAGGACAGGAUUAAAACACAUCACGCUCAAACCCAGCAGAGCAACACCAUGAAGACCCUGGAGGUGUUUUCCCAGCGGCCCAUGGAAGCCACCUUCACCCAAGAGCGGGCAAACUUGCAUGCUAUGGAGGUGACACAGCGUUUCUUUGAGACGGUCUCCACACAGCUGGAACGCUGGUAUGAGAGGAAGCUCCAGGAAGAGCAGAAGGUGGCAGAACAGAAAGCAAUGCAGGACAGAGCCAGUCUACUGGAGAAGAUCAACACACUGGAAGAAGAGCUACAGAAGCUUCGCACUAACACUAAUAUAAACUUUUGACACAUACGGUACUAUCCCCUUAUACAUGAAUUCCACUUAAUAUGAAAGUCGUGGCAAUACAAAUGAGAUUGGAGUUUUCUAAACGCUGAGUAAACUUACAGUAAUUUUAUUGUACUGCAGUAAAACACAUGGAUGCAAAACUAUUUUAAAAUUUAUAAGACUCCAAAUCAAAGUUUUAUUUUGACAGUGGCAGGAAUUAUUAUAUGUAGGUUGUGGUUAUGCUAACUGUACAACAGUGCUCUAUUAGCCAAAUGAGUACAGUACUUCUUUGCUCAAUGUCAAGUCAUCCAGAAAUGAAAACUGUUAUCAUUUACUCGCUAUCUUGUCUUUCAAACGGGGUUGAGAAAGAUUCAGAAUAAAAGAAGUGCCUUCCUUUCACUGAGCUGGAAUGUGAAUUGAAUUGGCCACACCCCACAGGAAGUUCUAUUGGAAUUUGAAUCGGAAUGACAGGAAGAGGAACUUGCCGAAUAGUGAUUCAAAGAAAUUUAAAUGUUGUUCCAUCCUUGUGAAAUAUAUAAAGUGUAUAUUUUGUUUUCUAUAGUACAGUAAAAGUUAAUGAAGUCUAGUAAUUAAAAAAAAAAAUACAAGUAAUACAUUUCAGCUGACAUCACAGGAAUACAAUUAUUUUUUUUUUAAAAUAUAUUAAAAUAGAAAAGUUAUUUUAAAUCAUAAUACAUGAGCAAAUUAAUGCAGCCUAGAUGAGCAUAUAAAAGAGUCCAAACUUAAAAAAAAAGAAAAUCAUAUUAUACAGUUUGGGAUGGCAUCAUAGUGAGCAAAAAUUGACAGAAUUGACCAUUUUUAUAUUUGUAUAAAAUAUUACUUUCAGUGAUUAAAUUAUCUUACCUCCAAAAAUACUGAGUUAUUGCUUGUGAGGACUGAAAUAUUGUGAAUUAAGUUGUAUAGAAAUGCUUUUCAGCUAGUCAAGAUUAAUAGUAGACUUUUUAUAAGACAGAAUUACUUUAAGUUACAUAGUAUUUGUUAUUGUAAAAUGUAGCUAUAAUAUAUUGUUUGACUCUUCAGGCUCUGUACAUACAAAAUGUAAUUAAAAUGUUUUAAUUAAAUUGCAUCUAUAGUAGUUUAACCUGAGAAUAAAGAGAACUGUUUAAAAUGCUUGCAA